GUGUUGCCUCUGAUUAAAGGCUUCUUUCAAGAGAAAGAGAGAAUCAGAGGCCAUUUCUUUCAAAAAAGAAUAAACCUCGUUUCUUUCUAAAGAAUAAUAAAAAACUUGAUUCUGUAACUUUUCAUCUCAAGUUUUUGUUUGGGGCACCCUAGUUAACAACACCACAUAGGUUUGUUAUUCGGGUGCCUCUUUUCAUUCUGAGACUCAGAAUCUUGUUCUACAGCGACAGGUUUGCAUAGUUUGUGGUUGUGUAUAUUAUAGCGGUUGAAAAUGUUGGGGGAUUUCAUCAAUCGUAUUCUCAUUCUUCUUCUUGGGUAUGCUUACCCGGGAUUUGAAUGCUAUAAAACCGUUGAGAAAAAUAGGGUUGAUAUCGAAGAACUUCGAUUUUGGUGCAAAUAUUGGAUUAUUGUGGCACUCUUCACUGUAUUGGAAAAGUUUUUGGAUAUAUUUAUUGCAUGGUUGCCAAUGUAUGGAGAGGUGAAGUUGAUAUUCUUUGUCUACAUGUGGUAUCCUAAAACAAAGGGAACAAGUUAUGUAUACGAGACAGUCUUGAGACCAUAUGUAUCAAAACAUGAAAAUGACAUUGAUAGAACAUUGCAAGAAUGGAAAGCUAGAGGAUGGGAUUAUGUAAUAUUUUAUUGGCAAUAUUGUGCACAAUUCGGACAUUCUGCAUUUGUUCAGUUUCUUCAGCAAUUGGCUUCUCAUUCUUCUAAACUUACCCCCAAGUCCACUAUUCCGAAAAGUGAUGAGCAAGGUCAAAAUGUUGAACAAAUAUCAACAAUGCAAUCAUCCUUCAUGAAGCAAAAUAGUUCACUAAGCAAAAGCAAGAAAUGGCCAACAAGUCCACCAUCAUCACCGGGUAUAAUUAACCGUCACAUCUCGGAGACAACCAAGUCGCAAACGACACAUGUCAACGUUGAUGCUCAAACCGAAUAUGUAGAUGAAGAAGGAGAUGAAGCAUGGGAGACUGAAUCCGUCUCAAUAGACGAAGCUCAAGAUGAACCGCGCGCAAGUGUGAGCGUUAAGGAUAGAAUCAACCGAGCACGCGCAAGACUCAGACGAUUAGAUACUCAAAAUCCUCGAACCCCUAAGACCCCGCAGCGUCGACAACUGUAAAAAUGUACAUAACUACUAUAUAGUAUUUACCUUAAUUAUUUCCAGCAAAAACAAGAUAAUGAGGCAAAAGAACUCAAAUAGAUUCUGUUUCUCUUUCUUAUACAUGUAUUUAAUAAAAAUUCAUUCAUUGGCCA